UGGCAACACUAUCCCACGGUUAAUGUAACUGGUCACACAGUAGGCCUAGACCGAGUACUUUUGGGGCAAUAUUGGGGCAAAUAGACGUAUAUUUAAACAAUAAUGUCGGCCCACAGCGGCGGAACGGACUGGAACUCCGUGGUUAAAGUUUUGCUAGUGAACCGCACCGGAGCUCUCAAUAAGAACGAGGUGGUUAACCUGCUGAAGGCGAUCAAUCGAUGCGAACAUGAAUUUUUCGACGAGGAAAGCAAUUACAUGCAAUUCUACACGGCCUUUGCGGCUCUGGCGGCGGAUAAGCUUGUCCAAAUCAAGUCGAUUUGCCAGACACAGAUUUGUCAGCUGCACGAUGCCACCGCCGUGCUCACCUCCUUUAUCCUCCACCGGCUGCCUCUGGUCUCGGUGUACGAGACCAAAUGGCUGCUGGCGGCUCUUAAAAUGCUUUGCGAAGGCCGGGAGAGCAUCGCCAAUUCGGCGGCGCAAUUCGACUACAAUGCCGUGGCCAGUGUACUGAAGAGCUGCAAGCACCCCGAGUCGAGCAACAAGAGCAUCAUUGGGAGCAGUAGUACAUCGGCAGGCGGUGGAAACAGCAAUGACAAGGAAUCGCCAAAGUCGGAGAUCAAGCGAUCGCGCUCGGACCUCUCCUCGGUUAUUCUUCAGCAGUUGUUGGCGCCAUUGGAGCCGGGAAAGAUGACCUGGGUGCCGCUUAGCGAGGAGGUCACCGAUUGCACAGACCAACUUCAGGCCGUGAACUUGCAGUGCUUCCAGCAGAUGAACGGCGCCGAUACCUUGCUGAACGUGUGCGUAGGCCUGCCCAUCUUGAACCGAUACCGCUCCAAGUACAUGGAGACCAUAAACGGCGGCAAGCCACUGUAUCUGCCACUCACGCAAGUGGAGGCCACAUCAGUGAAGUCGACCAUGAAUCACAUGCUGACGGAUCUAUCUAUUCUGAGUCAGGCCCAGGGCUUGAUCGCAUCUCAGCCCUUGACGCCGAGUCGCAUCGACAAGCUCUCAAUGUGCGGCAUCACCGCUCUGUACAAUGCAGUGCUCGUUUCGAUCACCACCAGUGUGCUGAGCAUGUCCCAGGCGAGCAGUUCCCAGAAGCAGCAGACUGCGUCCACCAGCCAGGGCAGUGCCGGAGGCGGCGGAUCCAGCAGUGGACAGACGUCGAAGGAGCACGACGAUUUCGAGGAACAGGCUUGCAGCAUUGUCAGCAAGGCCCUGGAGAUCUACUCGAGCAUUGGUGAACUGUUCAAGAGCUCGGCCCGGAUGCAUGUCUACCAGAAUCACCUCUGCUACGGCAGCUGGUUGCUCAUCAGCGGCAUUCAGGGAGCCAUGGGUGCUUCAGGCAGCACUGGAAGUACCACGGACUCCUCAUCCAAAUCGAAGCCACAAGCUGCAAAGACUACAACAACGGGGAGUGAACCCGGCACACCCAUCGCUAGAGUAAAUCUUUUCAAAGUCCAACAGGGAUUCGGAGAACUCAACGCGGCUAUUGCCAACCACAGUAUCAAGCUUUUGUCAGAGCUAAUCGAGGACCUGAAGAUCGAGUCCGCCUGCGGGCAGAGCUCCGAAUCCGGGGACAUCCCAGAGCCGGCCCAGUUUGAUAUUCUGAAGAACUACACUUCGCUGGAGCGAAUUGUGAGGGUUCUCAACACGGCCACCCUGCAUCAACUGUUUACUUUCUUGGCCACCGUAGCAUAUCGCAAGGCCUGCACUCUGCGACGAGCUUCGGCCAAGGAUCGCACUGAAUGCGAUCCGAUCAGCUACUCGGACUCAACCACAUACUUCAACGAUUCGCUCUCCUGCUCCGACAACUCGGAGGAGGACGACAGCGAGAGCUAUCUGGGGCACUGGUUCAAGGAGACCCUCUCGCCGGAAACCCAUGACGAUAAUGCGAACACAUCUGCCCAAGAACGAGGAAACGAGCAGAAGAGUGCUCUAGUGCCGAAGCUGGAUGAGCCACACGAGUAUCUGGAUCUGGCGGCGGACAUCUUCUGUUUCUUGGACCAGUUUCUGGCCAACCGGCAUGCCUACAUGCAGCGCUACGUGAAGGCCGGCGUCAGUGACCAACAGAUGCUCCUGAUGGCCAACAUAAUCAAGGACUUUGACCGGGAUGUGAUGCGCAGUGAUAGCGAGCAGGGGUCUGGAAACGCUGCUCAGCCGGCCAAUGCCGGUUCGGCCGGUUCCGCUGGGGCCUCCACCAAGUGGCAGACUUCGAUGAUUCGCUUCUCGGGAGCUGCUGGACGCUACAUCCACAAUCUGAUCUCCACAUCGCUGCUCUCGAAGCAACUGCAGUCGAAUCUGCUGCAGCACCUGGCCAUCUCGCCCUGGUCCACCGAUACCAACACCUGGCCGUUGCAAGUCUAUCCCAGCACGCUGUCAGUGCUCGUUCAGAUCCUGCUGCUGAAGACCACGCAGGAGAAGGAAGCGGCCUGCUUGUCCGUGUGGCACCGCCUCAUCAACACUUUGGUGGAGGGGGUAUGCACUUGGAACGCUGCCAGUGACUCUGACUACGAGGACCUGAACAUUGAGCAUGCCCAGAUGCUGCUCUUCCUGUUCCACUCCCUCAAUCUCAUGCAGAAGAAGUCGAUCUUGCUGCUCACAGCCGGAGGGGUAAUCCGCUGUGCGGAGGUCUGUCGCGGCAUCACUGCCGAGCGACCCGUGAAGAACAGCCAGAUGAUGUUGCUCUCGCGACUGCUCCUCUUCCUGGAGUACCUCAUGAAGCACCUGUACAACGCCCCACCAGAGCUGCUGGAUCAGGUGCGCUGGAACCUGUUCAGUGUCAGCAGCAUGCCUGAAACUCAAAAGAUCACAGAUCUCCUUAACAGCCGCACCAAGUUGAACUCCUAUUGCCGGCAGGAUAUCGAGGACAAGUUCCGCAAAUCAACGGGUGAUUAUGGAUCAUCAAUUCGCCCCACCUUCUACUCCCUGGUCAUGGGAGAUCCGGAAAAGCCCUAUUGGGCGCAAGAGUUCAAGUUGGAUGGCCUGGCAUGGAACUUUAUUCUGUGCACGCCGGACAAGUUGAAGUAUCCCUUGCUGGUGGAUGCCCUGACCGAUAUCCUGGCCAUCGCGGACAUGUCAGCCUUCUCGAAGGAAAAGGAGAAGGACGAGAGCAUGCACAACCUGUGCGCCAUGCAGUACUGCUUCAGCAUUGCCUGGAAGCUGCUCCUCGGUCUGCCGCCCUCCACCUCGCACGUGGAGUCGAUCAAGGUGGAUCGAGUGCCCAAUCUCCACUCGCUGAUCUGGAGCAUUCGCUACCCGCUGGCCAGCUCCCAGUACUUGGUGGUGAACAGCCUCAUCAAGCAGGGAAUGUACACCCAGUUCGCCGAGUCCUUGUGGACCCAAGUGGGCGACAUAGCCGCCGAAAUGAAGUACAGCCUGAAGCAGACCAUCCUGGGGGUGGAGGCCUUCAACACCCAGAUGAACGGAAAAGGCACACCGCGUCUCUCCGACCUCAUCCUGUUCGAUGCUCUGGUAGCUCACAUGCAGGCCGUGGCCUGGGCCCACAAGGAGGACUACAAGCUGCCGCGCAAGGAGUGCGAUGACUCCUCCAGUGAACAAUCCUCCAUCACAGGAGCCUCGGCGUCUGGCGGCUCAAACGAGCCCGAAAUAUACUCCUCGAACGAGUCCAUAGAUCAGCAGAAGUCCAAGCAGGAGGAUGAGGGUCUGAUGCCCGUAGAAGUGGAGGAACGCAACCAAAUGGUGAAUGAGCUGAUGCUCAAGUUGAUGUCCUCCUACCGACUCCUGUCUGUGAUUGUGCGCGCCCAGAUGCUGAAGCAGUUGUCCAGCUCCACCCCGGAGCAGGCUCUCAACCUGAUUGUGCCGAUAGUGAGUGACAAGCCGGCGAUCAUGCUGGAGCUGCACGCCGCUUUCCUGAAGGUCCUGCCGAACGAGGACAAGCAGCUUAUAGCCAACGAGUGGCCCAAGUGCCUGAUAGUCAACGACUCAGCCUUCGACGGCAAGCAGCAUCCCGUGGAGCCCUACACCCUCAACGUGAUUGAUGCCCACAUCACGGAGCUGACGCAUGGAGCCAACUACUCCACCCUGCACACCGUGAAGCACUGCCUGAAAACGAUCCUGAAUCUCUUUGAGUUGCUGCUACCACUCUGCUCCAACAAUGCCGAGGUGGAGUCGCAGCUGAAGAUGCUGCUGAUCGCGUCCAUGCUGGACAUGCGAACCGACUACCUGCAGGGCCAGAGCGAGCAGUGCCUGCGGGAGAUUCUCAGCGGCCUGACGCUGGAGGCCCAGAAACUGCUCCUCUACGAGCACAUGAUCGGCUACUGCUACCGAAUGCUCAUCGACUUUGCGGCCGACCUGAAGCAGCCGCAGGCUGGGACAGCCAGCACUGGAAGCGGAGCCGUGGACCAAGAUCGCGCCAUGUUCAAUGAGUCGAUGCUGUUCGCGGUGCUCAAGACGAUGAUCAAGAUGCUGGAGAAGCCGACGGCGGUGCAGGCCAUGCGCCAGUUCUUCAAGGACCAGCACCUGGGCAGCCUCACCACCCUGCUGCUCUCCUUCACCGGCACCAGCCUGCCCGUCAGCUACGCCCGCAAGAUGCUGCAGUUUGUGGAGCGCCUCUUCCAGCAAUCGACCCAGACCGACUCCCAGUUCCAGCACGAGGACCUGGUCGAGUGCUUUGCCGAACUGGCCACGGUGGACGUGGCUCGCCUGAAGCUCUGGCUGACGCACAUCAUCUACGGCCCGAACGUGAGUGCCGAUGUGAGCAGCUCCGAGGCCAUGGACACCACCUGCCGCCUCCUCACCAGCAUCAUGCAGCCGUCGAGCAGCUCCAGCAGCAAUGCCCAGACGCCGACGAACAUGGCCACUGUUUCGGCCAUGCCGAGCAUCUCCGAUCAACUGGAUGCCAUGGACAUAGACUACGACUGUGGUGGCGCCGGAGCAAGUGGCUCUGGAGCGGCGGGAACCGGCGCUGGAGGAGCUGCCACUACCGGAUCACAGAUCCUCAGUCUCUGGCAAGCUGCCCAGCCGAAUCUCUCGGAAGAGUCCUCGCAGGCCUGUGACGCCCCUGGAGGGGAACGAAAUGGCGCACUGCUGCUCAGCUUCGUGAAAUCUCUAGUCAAGGAUCAGCAGAAGGCGGCGCAGAUAGCUCCUCCGCUGUUCCAGGCUCUGCUCCAGCUGGGCCAGACCCUCAUCUCGCCACCCCAGGACGGCUGUGACUUUGCCGAUGUCCUGCAGAUAAUGAUCACCCUGGCGGAUGCCAGUCCAGCGCGCGGCCAUGUGGCGCUGUUCAACACCACGCUCCUCUGGCUGGAACUGGCCAAGCUGCAGCUUCCGGACAAGCAGCUCCGGCACGCCGAGAACGUGAGUGCCCUGCUCCGGUAUCUGAGCGAACUCCUGCAGAGCAUCGGGUAUCGGGGCAGUCGCCAGCACAUCCCGCCGUGGGAUGACGAGUUCCAGAGCGACAUGGACGAGUUGUACGACGAGCUGGCCGAGGACGGGGAGCAGGACUCGCUCCUGGACGACUCUGACGAAGAUACGCUGAACAACAAGCUGUGCACCUUCUCGCAGACCCAGAAGGAGUUCAUGAACCAGCACUGGUACCACUGCCACACCUGCAACAUGAUCAACACGGUGGGAGUGUGCUCCGUGUGCGCCCGCGUCUGCCACAAGGGCCACGACGUCAGCUACGCCAAGUACGGCAAUUUCUUCUGCGACUGCGGCGCAAAGGAGGACGGAUCCUGCCAGGCACUGAGCCGCCGGCUGGGCAGCAGCGAGGCCAGGGAUGCAGUGGGUGUGCCUGGUGGCUACCUGCCGUCGCACCUGCCCCUGCUCUCUUGCAAGAAGCGCUCCAGUCCGCCGGUGAUCCAACAGAUUGCCGCCCGCAAGGACUCAGUGACCAGCGAGCGCAUCCUGCUGCUGAGUAAACUAUUGGAGCCCUACCGUGAGACCCUUCAGCACCAGGAUCAGUGGCUGCUAGUGGUGCGCUGCAUUCUGGAGUACUUCGAUGUGCUGCUGCCUUCGAUCAAGGAGAACUGCACCCUCUACUCCAUCGUGGGCUGCCACAAGAGAGCCACCGUUGCCCUGGAGCGACUGCAUCAGCUGGAGCAGAGCUUCCAGGUGACGGAUCAACUGAUGUUUGCCACGCUGGGCUCCCAGGAGGGCGCCUUCGAGAACGUGCGUAUGAACUACUCCGGCGACCAGGGCCAAACCAUCAAGCACCUGAUAUCCUCCGGCGUGGUCCGCCGCGUCGCCUUCUGCUGCCUGUCCUCGCCGCACGGUCGUCGCCAGCAGCUGGCCGUGUCCCAUGAGAAGGGCAAGGUGACCAUCCUGCAGCUGUCGGCGCUGCUCAAGCAGGCAGAUGCCUCCAAGCGGAAGCUGACUCUGACCCAGCUCAGCUCCGCACCGAUCGCCUGCACGGUGCUCUCCCUGGCCGCCAAUCCGUGCAACGAGGACUGCCUGGCUGUGUGCGGACUGAAGGAGUGCCACGUGCUCACCUUCUCCAGCGGCGGCAGCACCAACGAGCACAUUGUGGUGAGCCCCCAGCUGGAGAACGGCAACUACAUCAAGAAGGCCGUCUGGCUGCCGGGAUCUCAGACCCUGCUGGCCAUUGUUACCUCGGACUACGUCAAGAUCUACGACCUGGCCGUGGACACCUACAGCCCCAAGUACUACUACCUGGUGGCCGUCGGAAAGAUAAGGGACUGCACCUUCAUGUACCAGGACGGCAACUACUACAUGCUGAGCUUCGCCAGUUCCGGCUACAUAUACACCCAGCAGCUGGACCAGCAGAGCCUGGCCGUGCACGGUGACUUCUACGUGACCAACACUCUGGAGCUGAGCCAUCAGCACAUCAAGGAUAUAAACGGACAGGUGGGCGGCGGCGGAGUCUCCGUCUACUACUCGCACGCCCUCCAGUUGCUCUUCUACAGCUACUCCUCCGGCCGGAGCUUCUUCUCGCCGCUGACCAACGUCAACGAGGGCGUCAGGGGCAUCUACCACCUGGACACGAACUCGGCCAGCAAAUCGGCCUCUAAAGGCCCGCUCCAGCCCCUCGUCCAGUGGACAGAGGUGGCAGGGCAUCCGGGAUUGGUGUACGCCAGCAUGCAGACGUCGAACAACCCGAUCAUACUGAUGCUCACCCCGGAACGGAUCUACAUGCAGGAGAUCAAGGCCCAGUCGGCCAAGUCACGCAUUAUGGACGUGGUGGGAAUUCGGCAUGCGGUCGCUGGAGUGGAGAAGACCACGUUGCUGCUCCUCUGCGAGGACGGAAGCCUGCGAAUCUUCUCGGCCCAGCCAGAGCACACCAGCUUCUGGCUCUCGCCACAGGUGCAGCCCUUCGGCAAUCAGCUGUACUCCUCCACCCUCAUGGCCAAGGGAAGCGGCGGUGGAGGCAGUGCCUCAGCCAAGUCCAAGACCGGCGCAGGAGCUGGAGGCGGCAAGCCGAAGCAGAAGAUGCAGAAGCAACUCACGGCUGGCGGACAGCACGUUUUCCCCAUCGACUUCUUCGAGCACUGCAACAUGUUAGCGGACGUGGAGUUCGGCGGCAACGAUCUCCUCCAGAUCUACAACAAACAGAAGCUCAAGACGCGCCUCUUCUCCACCGGCAUGUUCGUGGCCAGCACCAGGGCGAAUGGCUUCACCCUGGAGGUGAUCAACAACGACCCGAAUGUGGUAAUUGUGGGCAUUCGUGUGCUGAUCGGCACCCAGGACGUGCAGCGCGCUCCGCUGGCGGUGACCAUCUUGGGACGCACGGUGACCACUCCCGUGAGGCGAGCCCGAUGGUUCGACAUACCCCUAACCCGCGACGAGAUGUUGCAGUCGGACAAGCUGCUCAAGGUGGUGUUUGCCACCUCCCUAGACCCGGAGCACGUAACUCUGUUGGACUCGAUUGAAGUGUACGGUAAGUCCAAGGAGCUGGUGGGUUGGCCGGACGACAGUGAGGAGGUUACUGCCCCAGGAUCGAGUGUACCGCCGGUGGCCUCGUCCCAGACUAGCAGUGCCAACUUCGGCGAGGGAUUCAACUGCAUCACGCAACUGGACAGGAUGGUCAACCAUCUCCUGGAGGUCAUGGACUGUGCUCUGCACCUGCUCGGAGCCGGAGUCCCUGCUCCGCUGCGCCAGAAAGCGGUGAAGACGGCGAGUGCCCUGCUGCUGCUGCCCACACCCAAUCCUGUCCAGACGCAGGCGCGGUAUGUGCUGGCCACCCUCUACGGCAGCCGGCCAUCCUAUCACAUGUACAAGGACGGAGUCCUCCUGCAGUUCGUCAACGGAGAGCUGCAGGCCAUGCAGCCGAAGCUGGAGAAGUUAGAGUCUCUGCAGGACAUUGAUCCGGAGGCCUUCUACCGACUGAUUCUCCUGGUUCGGGGCAUUGCCAACGCGCGCCCCCAGUCGCUGGCCAAGAUCUGCCAGGAGAACAACUACGACAUUGUCCCGUCGCUUUUGGCCAUUGUGCUGGAGCUGCACAAGGUCACCCCUAAUCUGGACGAGCCAACCAACAUCGUGCGACGAGGCCUCUGCCAGGCGGAGACCAUAGUCCAUUGCCUGGUGGAGAUAAUGUACGGCUUUGCCCUCGCCGAUCUCGGCCAGGUCGGCCGCAUGACCAAGUACUUUAUCGAUCUUCUCAAGCACGACGCCAGCGUGAUCAGUCACAGCGCCAAGGAGGCGCUUAUCCUGCUACUCAGUCCCAGACUGAAGAGGCGCAAAGUGGCCAUUGUCACGCCCCCAGCCUGUUCCACUCCCACGCCCUCCACAUCCGCCAUCCAGGCCCUCCAGGCGGUGGCCGGAUCAGCAGCCAGCGACAUCAUCGAGGAGGCUGCAGCCGCAGCUGUGGAAGCUGCUGUAGGAGUGGGAGGAGCAGGUGCUGGAGCAGCUGCGUUGCCCCCAGAUCCACACCCGGAAGUAGAGCUCGUUGGAGUGGCUGGAGUGGCAGGAGCCGCCGGCUUGGCGGGCCACCAGCAGCUCCUCAACCUAGAGGCCUUCAUGGGCGGCGGCUUUCCCCGACUGCUGGGGCUUCCGGAAGACGCCGACGAUGAAGCCAUCAUGGACAUAGCCAUCGCGUUGAGUCUCCAGCAGCACGGCGGCGACGCCAAUGCGCUGCAGAGCCUCCAGCAGGGUUUGGCCAACUUGCAGGGCAUCCGCCAGGCUGCGGCAAUGGCAGCAGCGGCUAAUGUUACGGCCAGCGUGUCCGCCGGCGGCUCGGAUGACGACGAAGGCUCGAACGUGGCCACCGAUGGCUCUACACUGCGAACUUCCCCUGCCGAGCCGGCAGGAAGCGGAGGUUCCGAGAGCGGCGGCAGCGGAGUUGAGAGCAUCGGCGGCACUUCGGCGAGGAGCAGCAACUUUGGCGACCACGCCAACUCCUCGCCGCCGCGCCAGAGCUCGGCUAAGGACGACCAGGAACAGCCGGGCCCCAGUGGCGCCAGCGGGGUGUCCGCCUUGAGUGCCAUGAGCAGCAGCGAGGAUAACGAGAUCAACGAGGACGAGAAGCUCAGCAAGCUGCACGACCUAAGACUUGCUGUGCUGGAAAGUAUCAUCAAUCACCUGAGCACCUUCGACCUGUGCAACGGCCUCCAGGCUAUACCACUCAUCCAGGUGAUCCUUAUGCUGACCACAGACCUGAAUGGCAACAAUGAGCGGGAUCAGCAAGUGCUGCAGGAUCUGCUGACCGCCCUGGUGGAGUACGUGGAAAUAGGGAAACGAGGAGCAGCCUCCAGGAUGGAAACCAAGUGUCCUGGCAACGAGGUGCGCCUCGCCUUGCUCUCCCUCUUCGGCGUGAUGAUGGGCAAGACCAAGUCCAAGCAGACGGGCACCACCUCGCCCCCGCACCAGUUCAAGGACAACAGCUCCUUUGUGGCCAGCACUACGGCGAAUGUGCUUAGUAAGAGCGGAGCCUUCGUAUAUGCCCUGGAGGCACUGAACACGCUACUGGCCCACUGGAAGACUGUACUGGGAGAUCCCUAUGCGGCCGGUGGAGCUGCUGCCCUGCCAGCGCAGCCGUCAUCCGGCUCGGGAGUUCAACUGCUGAAGCCCAUCAAGCACGGCCCGAAACCAGACAUUUCUAUCCUAAUACCGCACAACUACCUGAAGAACUACCCGGACAUUUUUGAGUCCUAUGACGCCCUCCUCACAGAGAUUAUUGUGCGACUGCCGUACCAGAUCCUGCGCCUGAGCAGCGCCCAUCCGGACAACUAUGACAGCGGCUUCUGCGAGGCCAUGACCUUCACCCUCUGCGAGUACAUGAUGCUCAACCUGAACACCCUGCUCCGGAGGCAGGUGCGCAAGCUGCUGAUGUACAUCUGCGGCAGCAAGGAGAAGUUCCGCAUGUACCGCGACGGUCACUCCCUGGACGCCCACUUCCGAGUGGUCAAGCGGGUGUGCAGCAUCGUAAGCAGCAAGACGGGAGCUCCGUACAACGCCAAUCCUCCGCUGUUGAGCUACGACGCACUGGUUGAGCUCACCGAGCACCUGCGCACCUGCCAGGAGAUCAGCCAGCUGCGCACCGGCAACUGGCAAAAGUUCUGCGUGGUCCACGAAGACGCCCUGGCCAUGCUGAUGGAGAUUGCCUGCUACCAGCUGGACGACGGGGUGUCUCCCAUUAUAAUCCAACUGCUGCAGGCUGCCGUGUGCAAUCUUCCCGCUCCGAACGGGUCUAAGCAGGUGCAACCACUGCCCGCAGCAUCGACUUCGUCGUCGGGGAAAGUACGCAGCGAACGAGAGAAGAGCGAGGACACCGACGCCUACUACUCCAAGUUCGAUCCCUCGCAGUGCGGCACGUUCGUGCACCAGAUCUUCAGAUACGCCUGCGAUCCGCUGAUCACUCGCUUCGUCAGGAUCUUCCUGCUGGAGAACAACAUCAGCCAGUUGCGCUGGCAGGCGCACUCGUUCAUGACCGGCCUCUUCGAGCACGCCAACGACCGCCACCGCGAGAAGCUUCUCAACAUCUUCUGGAACCUGUGGCCCCUGGUGCCCACCUAUGGACGGCGCACGGCCCAGUUUGUGGAUCUGCUGGGCUACCUAACCCUGAGCACCCGCACCAUUACGGAGCGUCUGCCCGAGCUGGUUUCCAGAGCGGUGGACGUCCUCCGGCAGCAGAAUGAGCUGCUCUGUAAGCAUCCCAAUGCGCCCAUUUACACCACUCUGGAGUCCAUACUGCAGGUGAACGGCUACUACCUGGAAUCGGAGCCGUGUCUGGUGUGCAACAACCCGGAGGUUCCCAUGGCUAACAUCAAGCUGCCAUCCGUCAAGUCGGAUUCCAAGUACACGACCACCACAAUGAUCUACAAGCUGGUGCAGUGCCACACCAUAUCCAAGCUGAUUGUGCGGAUCGCCGACCUGAAGAGAACCAAGAUGGUGCGCACCAUCAAUGUCUACUACAACAACCGUAGUGUCCAGGCGGUGGUGGAGCUGAAGAAUCGCCCAGCCUUGUGGCACAAGGCCCGCUCCGUGUCCCUGCAAUCGGCCCAGACCGAGCUGAAGAUCGACUUCCCGCUGCCGAUCACCGCCUGCAACUUGAUGAUCGAGUUUGCGGACUUCUUCGAGACUGUUAGCGGUUCUAGUGAGAACCUGCAGUGCCCGCGAUGCAGUGCAGCCGUGCCGGCCUAUCCGGGUGUUUGCGGCAACUGUGGAGAGAACGUGUUUCAGUGUCACAAGUGCCGAGCCAUCAACUACGACGAGAAGGAUCCCUUCUUGUGUCACUCGUGCGGCUUCUGCAAGUACGCCAAGUUCGACUUCAGCAUGCACGCCCGUGUCUGCUGCGCCGUGGAUCCCAUCGAGUCGGCCGAGGAUCGGGCCAAGACCGUCUCCCUCAUACACAGUUCCUUGGAGAGAGCCGAUCGGAUCUACCGCCAGCUGCUGACCAACAAGCAGAUGCUGGAGCUGCUUAUCCAGAAGGUGGCCGAGCACCGAAGCAGCGACCGACUGGUGGAGGACAACAUGGCCAGUGUGCACAGCACCUCGCAGGUGAACAAGAUCAUCCAGCUGCUGGCCCAGAAGUACUGCGUGGAGUCGCGUACCAGUUUCGAGGAGCUGAGCAAGAUCGUACAGAAGGUGAAGGCCUGUCGCAGUGAGCUAGUGGCCUACGAUCGUCAGCAGCAGGACCAGCCCCCUACCAACCCUGGAGUUGGAUCGGGGGCCGAGAACACCACCACGAACCGGUGCUAUGGCUGCGCCCUUGCCUCCACCGAGCAGUGCCUGACCCUUUUGCGGGCCAUGGCCUACAACUACGACUGCCGGGUGGGCCUGUACAGCCAGGGCCUAGUCAGCGAGCUAGCCGAGCACAAUCUGCGCCGCGGCACUCCCCAGAUCCAGGAGGAGGUGCGCAACCUGCUCGUAGUGCUGACCAAGGACAAUGCCGAGGCCUGUAUGCAUCUGCUCCAGUUGGUGACCACGCGCGUCAAGAACGCUCUCAUGGGCGCCAUACCAUUGAUCAGCAUGGAGGCAGCAGUGCACCAGGAGAUGACGCUGCUGGAGGUUCUGUUGAGCCAGGACGACGUCUGCUGGGAGUACAAGCUGAAGGUCAUCUUUGAACUCUUCAUCAGCAAUUGCAGACUCCCUCGCGGACCAGUGACGUCGGUGCUGCAUCCCUGUUUGCGCAUCAUGCAGAAUCUGAUUUGUCCCGUUCUACCAGCCCGGAAGCCCAACGAUAAAGCAGCGGCUCACCAGGACCUGUGCAGCAUGAAGGUCCUUGAGGGCAACACUGUCGACUAUAGGGCCUGGCUUAACUCGGAUCGAAACCACGAGUACGCGGCCUGGUGUAGUCGUAUGCCGGUAAACAACGUACAGCCACUGGCCCAGACCAAGCAGAAGAGCUCCAAGGAGCAGGCUGCCACCGGAACAGGACCGGCGCCGGAAACCCCGCCCAAGAGCAAGCGAGAGGUGAGGGCCUUCUACCUCAGCGAGAAGUACGGGAAACGGUGGCGCGAACGAGUGCUGGACAAGCAACGGGUGGUCAAGCCUCUGGUAUUCAACGCCAAGUGGAUCCAGCCGCUGCUCUUCAACCCGAACUCCAGGUUCGGACGCCAGCUGGCCUGUUCCUUGCUGAGCAGCCUGAGCCGGACGAACGAGAGGCGCCAGCAGGCACUCAACAUGCUUACCUCGUUCCUGAAGCACGUGGGCGAUGCCGGAGAGGCCAGCGCCGAGUACUUGAUGCUCUACAAGAGCAUGGCCACCGAACGCCCCUGGUUGCAGUACCUCGUGUUGAGGGGAGUCCUUGGACAAAUAUCCCAGCUGCUGGCCGUUGAGAUCAGCAAGGUGCAUCGCAUGGAAGAGCACUCGCUGUCGUCGGACUUGUCGCUGGGCUAUGCCUUGAGGCAGUACGUGGAGCUCCUGUGGCUCUUGCUCGAGUGUCCGAACAUACGCCGGACCUACAAGACCAGGAUGCUGGGCCCCGUACUGGAGAGCUACUUGGCCUUAAGAAGCCUGGUGGUGCAACGCACCCGACUGAUCGACGACGCCCAGGAGAAACUGCUGGAGAUGCUCGAGGAUAUGACCAGUGGCACCGAGGAGGAGACGCGUGCCUUCAUGGAGAUCCUCAUCGAUACGGUCGAGAAGACCCGCAUGAACGACAUCAAGACGCCGGUCUUCAUAUUCGAGCGCCUGUACUCCAUUAUCCAUCCGGAGGAGCACGACGAGAGCGAGUUCUAUAUGACCCUUGAGAAGGAUCCGCAGCAGGAAGACUUCCUCCAAGGCCGCAUGCUUGGCAAUCCCUACCCGUCCGGCGAAAUGGGUCUGGGGCCCCUGAUGCGCGAUGUCAAGAACAAGAUCUGCACGGACUGCGAGCUGAUAGCUCUUCUGGAGGACGACAACGGCAUGGAGCUGUUGGUCAACAACAAGAUCAUCAGCCUUGAUCUGCCUGUCAAGGAUGUGUACAAGAAGGUCUGGCUGGCCGAGGGCGGCGAUCGGGAUGCCAUGCGGAUUGUGUAUCGCAUGCGCGGUCUCCUUGGCGAUGCCACCGAGGAGUUUGUGGAGACGCUGAACAACAAGAGCCAAGAGCAGGUGGACACCGAGCAGCUGUAUCGCAUGGCCAACGUUCUGGCCGACUGCAAUGGGUUGCGCGUCAUGCUGGACAGGAUUGGCAGCCUGCAGCGCAUCUCCCGCAAUCGUGAACUCAUCCAGGUGCUGCUCAAGCUCUUCCUCAUCUGCGUCAAGGUGCGUCGCUGUCAAGAGGUGCUCUGCCAGCCGGAAAUUGGAGCCAUCAACACACUGCUGAAGGUGCUGCAGAUGUGUCUGCAGUCUGAGAACGAUUCCAUACAGUCGGCGGUGACCGAGCAGUUGCUGGAAAUAAUGGAGACCAUCCUAUCCAAGGCAGCCAGCGAUACGUUGGACUCGUUCCUGCAGUUCUCCCUCACCUUCGGUGGCCCAGAGUAUGUGAGCGCCCUGAUCUCCUGCACGGAUUGUCCCAAUGUGAGAAAUAACCCAUCCGUGCUCCGUCAUCUGAUUCGCGUCCUAGCCGCCCUGGUGUACGGAAAUGAGGUGAAGAUGGCCCUGUUGUGCGAGCACUUCAAGGACACUCUGAACUUCAAGCGAUUCGACAUUGAACGUACUCCGGAGGAGGAGUUCAAGAUGGAACUCUUCUGCGUCCUGACCAACCAAAUCGAACACAACUGCAUCGGCGGCACCCUCAAGGACUACAUCGUCAGCAUGGGAAUUGUGGAGCGAUCGCUGGCCUACAUCACCGAGCAUGCUCCGUGCGUCAAGCCGACCCUCCUGCGCACUGACUCCGACGAGCUCAAGGAGUUCAUCUCUCGCCCCAGCUUGAAGUACAUCCUGCGCUUCCUCACCGGUCUCUCCAAUCACCACGAGGCCACGCAGGUCGCUAUCAGCAAGGAUAUAAUACCGAUUAUACAUCGCCUGGAGCAGGUGUCAAGCGACGAACACGUCGGCAGCCUGGCCGAGAACCUCCUGGAGGCUUUGUCGACCGAUGCUGCUACGGCGGCACGGGUCCAGCAAGUUCGCGACUUUACGCGCGCGGAGAAGAAGCGCCUGGCGAUGGCCACCCGAGAGAAGCAGUUGGACGCCCUGGGCAUGCGUACGAACGAGAAGGGACAGGUGACGGCCAAGGGCUCGAUCCUCCAGAAGAUCGAGAAGCUGCGAGAUGAGACCGGACUGACGUGCUUCAUCUGCCGCGAGGGCUAUGCCUGCCAACCGGAGAAGGUCCUUGGCAUCUACACCUUUACGAAGCGCUGCAACGUGGAGGAGUUCGAGCUGAAGUCGCGCAAGAGCGUAGGAUACACCACGGUGACGCACUUCAAUGUGGUGCACGUGGACUGCCACACCUCGGCCAUACGGCUGACCCGCGGACGUGAUGAGUGGGAGCGGGCCAGUCUGCAGAACGCCAACACCAGGUGCAAUGGAUUGCUGCCCCUCUGGGGUCCGGCUGUGGGCGAGGCGGCCUUCUCCGGGUGCAUGACCCGUCACAGUAGCUACAUGCAGGAGAGCACCCAGCGCUGUGAUAUCUCGUAUCCCAGCAGCAUUCACGACCUGAAGCUGCUGCUGCUGCGAUUCGCCUGGGAGCGCAGCUUCCACGACGACGCCGGAGGCGGCGGUCCCCAGUCCAAUAUGCACUUUGUGCCAUAUCUGCUCUUCUACGCCGUGUACCUCCUACUGUCCUCCCGGACAGCGGCCAGAGACAGCAAGACCCUGCUCACCUACCUGCAGGCACCGCCCAGCGAGAAGUGGCUCGAGUGCGCCUACGAAGUGGACGGGCCACUCUACAUGAGCACCAUGUCGCUCUCCCUGCACAGCCGCGAUCUGUGGAACAAGCAUAAGGUGGCGCAUCUGAAGCGCCUGAUUGCCGUGGCCCAGGCCCGACACAUUUCCCCCUCGGUUCUGUGCAAGGCUCUCCUCUCCCCGGCCGAUCGGCAGGAGAAGGAGUACAGUGUGUACAAGCCGUUCCUUAUGAUGUGGGCGCUGAUCGAUCUGUGCUAUAAUAAUCUCUUCAAGACGGUCAGCACGCCCAAGGAGGAGGACUGGCCGAUGUCGCUGUUCGACUAUCUGCGCAAGAACGACGAGGCCAUGCUGAAGUCCACUGACAGUAUCCUGCAAACCCUAACGGAUGAGUUCCUGCCGUGCACCUCCUUCGGUGAAUUCUGCGAUGUGGCAGGUCUUCUACAUCUCAUCGAACAGCCGGACAGCUUCAUCCAGGACAUCCUCACAUCCCUGCCUUCAACCAGCUCUAGUUAAAUGAUAGAUCCUAACCAACUAACACCUAGAACUCCUCGAAGCAGUGGUGUGCUUAUAUGUAAAACCAUGCAGCAUAAAUAUAUAUUUAUCACAUAAAACUAUUUAAUCAAUAAAAAUUAUUCGUUUGCACAAUGAAUUAAAAUAA